ACGGUGGCUGGCAAGAUCCUAUCGCCAUCCCGCCUUCGACUUUCGAUACCACUGCGGUAUUGUCACAUCAUUUUCACCUCGAAUCUCGUCGAGUAUAAUACAAUAAGAGAACUACGGAGUAAAAAUAUGGCAAUGCUGAAUGCAGAAGCUGUCUUUGAAGAACAAUUUGUAGAAGAGCCAGUUCAAGGUCUAUCAUGGAAUCCGCAGGACUCGCAGCUUGAAGGAUCAGAGCCACAUACGAAUUAGUGUAUGGCUUGAAUUGUACAAAUACGUGUAGGAGUGUCAAAGUCGGUAGGAUUUUGAACGCUUGUAACCCCGCUCAUUAUCACCGGCUCGUCCCGCCUUCAGGUAUUCAGGUCAAACUGCUCCAAGACGCAACUUGAAAGCAGACCGUCUUUUCGCAAUUCUCAUCAGUACAGUAUGCGGUGAAGCCCGAAUGAUCAGGGUUGGAGAUGGAUGCUGCUUGAUUACGACGACGGGAGGCUUCUUGCGGUUUCUGAAACCCCCAACUUUCUAGUCGCCUUCAGGGUGCGGAGUGUGUACUACACCCCAUUGUGCACGUCUUCAAUCUACCUGAGAACAGCAAAUUCAUUUACAGGCUGCAUGCAGACCAUAUACGUCGGGGCACCGCCCAGGCAUGUGCCUGGGACGCAGUCUUCCACGGUUCGAAUUAGAUGGCUCGGAUGGGCCUGCGAUCUUGUUCAUGCGCAUCACCGCUUCCCAGCCAUUUCAGUUACACGUGCCUCCGUAUCUUCCCCCGUAGUCUCCUGUCUCGUGGUCAUCGUCAACGGUCCUGCAGCUGCGAGAGUUGACUCGCCUUUGGCGUUGUUCAGACGGGCUGCCUAUGGGUUGUGCAUACCAGCAUGCAACAAGCAAAAGCCGUCGUUCUUGAAAGUUGAGCUGACAGAGCAGACCCCCACGCCAUCCCGUAGACGGAGGACUUUGACCAGCUGCAAGAACGUUGCACUCGCGGACGAUGAAACCCAAGGCAGCACUUCCGGUUGGGUUCUGUUGACCUCCAGGGUCGUCAAAAAGAAAGACCCGCGUGCCGUCCAGCAGACCAUGCAUCACGACAGCCUAACCUCUGUGUGUACCGUCUGCGAUCGAUUCUCCCCACAGUUCGCAGCCCCGACAGCGCCCCGCGCGGCCUCAAGCUGUGGCCUCCUUUGCCACGGAGGGCGGGCGGCCAAGGUUGAGCGGCCGAUACCCGACUGCUGGGACCGGCGGCCCUGCGGUACCCCUGUGCUCUGUGCUCAGUCCCAGGCUCUACGUACCUGGUAAGGCCGUAUAUGCAGUCCGACGUCAGACUUGAGUGGUUGCAUAUGCCCUGACACGGCAAACGAAGCCAGAUGUCACGUCAUCCAUCUGCUUCAGUCAUCUGGAAGGCCCGCGGCAUCGUCAGUCAGCCGAGGGAAUCAGGAUCAUGAGCAGACUUUUGGGUAGUGGCGUCUUCUUAUUUGUGCACUGUCUGACAAGGAGCGGUUUUCUUCUCCGACAGCGCUUCCGGAGCCCCGGAUGUCACCGGCAGGACGUGGAAAAAUUAUUCAAAAGUUGACAGGUCGAUCCGGGUGUGAUCGGACUUCGAGCU